CCUGUGGGAGCGACAUGACAUGGAAUGGUAAUUUACGAUUUACGAUUAAGUGACAUUUUUUGUUUUUGUUUGUUUGUUUGUUUUUUCGCUUAUUUCAUUUUCCAACUUUAUCAAACACUGAUAAAAACCUAAAAUGCGUCCAUCCGCUUUGAUAACAUGGUAGUCAAUACAGAAGUAGUACGGGAGGUGAGUUUCUGUGAGCCGCCUCCUCCUCCUCCUCCUCCCCUUCAUAGAAACUCCUCAGCUCGCUCCGCCGCGCUUCAGACGCGCUCACCGCCGCGCUUCCACAUACUUCACAGUCAAUUACUCUGCGGCUCAAACUUUGGGUUCUAAAAACUUCGUCGCGACCUCGAUACCAUGCUGGAUUAAUCCCACUACUCCCUCCCAAAAAAAAGAGAGGAUUGUUUCAGGACAAACGCAGGUACAAUGACCGCAUUCUGCAGCAGAGCGACAGAUUAGAGGGGUGAGAUAAGUCUUCUGCAGGGCUGCAGCGUUUGCACUGUGACCUGUAGGCUCGGGACACAGAUAGCGGAGAGGACACAGAUACAUUAGCGCCAUGGAUUUUGGAAACGACGUGGAUCUCUCCAAUAAAAACAUCACGCCGUUGUGGAGACGGCGCACAGACAAAUGUAAAAAAACCCAGGACUUGCACACACCCAAACAGCGACCCGUCAGCUAUCACAUGAAUGGGGUCAUGACGACGGACUUCCCUGCGGAGGACGACAAGUCCCCCUUCACCUUGAGCCAACCUGCUGAGAGACUGGUGGUCACGCCCCCAUCCUGGGGUAAGGACACUGUGGUGCUGAAGCACGUUUUGCACAAGCCCUCCAAGAAAUCCAGAGUUGUUCGAAGCAUCAGCAUCGGGCAGUUCUCCAGUGGACUCUUCUCACUGUCCAGAUUUAGAUCUGAAGAGGGCAAAUCCGCUUCUCUGGACAAUAGAGUGUAUAAUGGAAACUGUGACAGGGAGAAAACCAGUAAUGGAGAGACAGUGUGGACUGAGAGGCGUCUCCAGGACCAGCAGAAACGCAUGUCCAGUCCGUUCGGUCUGAACUCGCAGAAAGACCAGAUAGCGUUUGGGACGAGCUCACCAUCGUCCGAGGCUAUUAACCGAUCGUCUCCUGUCCUGCCUCCUCGCACUCCUAACAAUAACAACUAUAACCAUAAUGAACUGUCCUUCCAUUCAUCUGCCUCCAGCCCCUCUCCUCCUGCCUGCCGCACCCCCACCCCGUCACACAGCUCCACCUCCAGCAUCCCCUCCCUCUCUUCUCUCACCUCCUCGGACCCCCCGACCCCACGCUCUCCGUCGCCAGGGGACAGAGGACAGGCGCUCCUCAGACAGUCCUCAUCCUCUCCUGCCGCCUCACAGGACACCAACCAUGCGUCUUCUUCCUCUUCCCUCUCCUCCGCCUCCCCUUUGCUUUCCCCAGCCGUCUCACCCCCUCCUUCCAUCAUCCUCAGCACCAACAGCCCUGCCGCCCUGAAGAUGGGCACUCAGCAGCUCAUCCCCAAGGGUUUAGCUUGCGAUGUCCGGCAGAACAAGGCGCCUGCCUCUGUGUCACAAGGCCAAGGGACGACAGGGCUGCUGGGGGUCGAUCACUCCAAGAGAGCGUUGAAAGCACUCAGCAUGGUGGAAACUGGGACCUACUUUUCUACCAGAGGAGGCCUUAGUGAAGGGAUGGAUGGGGAUAAUGAAAGCCCGGGGACACUAAGAAGAGGCCUGAGGAGUACGUCCUAUAGGAGGGCUGUUGUGAGUGGAGACAUGGACGGCCCAGCGAUUGAUCCAAAGGCCCUUCGGUUGCCCCAGCCUGUCCUCAAAGUGCUAGGUGGGGAUACUCCAGACUCACCAGUCAGCCCAGCAAGUCAGGGCAGCGCAAGUCCCACGAGCCCUGGGACACCCAAACUUGCGAGCCCAGGGACACCCAAAUCAGGCAGCCCAAGGAUUUCAAAGCCUACUAGCCCUGGGACAGAGAGGCCAAUCAGCACUGGGAAAAUCAAGAGUCCGGAUAAGAGGAACAUUUUGACCCCUCAGCGGACGUUUGACAGUGAAGAGGAGGAGCUGUACCAGAACUACCAGGAGAAGGCCUUGCAUAAUGACUCAGAUGAGGACGCCGAUUCAAGAGAACCCAAACCUGAUAACCGCAUCGUGGUGCAGUACAGACCCAUUCGCACCUCCUGGAGCCAGCUUAGCGUGGUGAAGAAAAGCGGGCUGUCUGAGCGGAUGAGUCAGGAGGAACGCAAAAGACAAGAGGCCAUUUUUGAGGUGAUCUCGUCGGAGCACUCUUAUCUCCACAGUCUGGAGGUCCUGAUCCGCAUGUUCAAGGACUCCCCCGAGCUCAGCGAGGCCAUGACGAAGACCGAACACCACCACCUCUUCUCCAACAUCAGUGACGUCUGCGAGGCGAGCAAAAAGUUCUUUAAGGAACUGGAGGAACGGCACCAACAGAACAUAGUGAUCGAUGACAUCAGCGACAUCGUUUACAGGCACGCUCAGUCUAACUUCGAUCCCUACAUCACGUACUGCUCCAACGAGGUCUACCAGCAGAGGACCCUGCAGAGGCUGGUGUCCAAGAACCCAGCUUUCAAGGAGGUGCUGACCAGGAUAGAGGGCCACCCAGACUGCAGGAACCUCCCCAUGAUCUCCUUCCUCAUCCUGCCCAUGCAGAGGAUCACCCGCCUGCCCCUGCUCAUGGAUACAAUCUGUCAGAAGACGCCCAAAGACUCGGCACAAUAUGAAGACUGUAAGAGGGCUUUGCAAGGAGUCAGCAAGGUGGUCAGAAAAUGUAACGAGGGAGCUCGCACGAUGGAGCGAACGGAGAUGAUGUACACCAUCAACUCUCAGCUGGAGUUUAAGAUCAAGCCUUUCCCGCUCGUCUCCUCCUCCAGGUGGAUGGUGAAGAGAGGAGAGCUGACCGCCUUCGUAGAGGACAACGGCAUCUUCCUCAGGCGGACGUCGCGGCAGCAGAAAGUGUACUUCUUCCUCUUCAACGACGUCUUCAUUGUCACCAGGAAGAAGAGCGAGGAGAGCUACACCGUGAUCGACUACGCUCUCAGGGACCAGAUCUGGGUGGGCCCCUGCCAGCCGGAGGAUCUCAACCUGUCGCCGGUCAGAAGCACCGCCAGCAUGCUGAGCUCACGACAAGCUGGCGCCAACCAUCUUUUCCGUCUGCGUUUCCGUAGCAACCACUCCGGCGAGAAGGUGCCCAUGAUCCUUGGGACGGAAUUGCUGAACGAGCGUGCUCGAUGGAUCACCGCUCUGGGCCAGAAUGUCAACAACAAGAAGUGUCAGGACAGAACCAACGUCAUGCAGGUGGAGGUAAUCAGAACUUACACUGCCAAGCAGCCAGACGAGUUGUCCCUGCAGGUGGCUGAUGUGGUGCUCGUCUCGCAGGCUGUAGAUGACGGCUGGUACGAAGGCGAGCGGCUGCGGGACGGAGAGAGGGGUUGGUUCCUCGCCGAGUGUGCGGAACGGAUCACGUGCCAGGCCACCAUCGAGCGCAACAUGCAGAGGAUGGACCGCCUGCAGGGGUUGGAGACUAAUGUAUGAGCGGGACCAACCGAGGGCUUUUUCCUCAGCUGUUAAAGAGACCCUUUGACACUGCAGCGACCCACACAAAUGAGUUCAGUAACAGCAUCAGUGACCUGCCCUCCAGGGACCACGUGGGGGCCAGUGUGGGAGCUUCCGCGGCUGCUGGACUCUGGAUUAAAAAGAUGAAGACUUUUUUUUUUUUUUCCUGCUCAGCGCCCAGUGAAUAUCAGGCACGCUUGCCUGAAUUUCAAAGCGAAGACCAUGCAGAACAAACACAGCGAAAGAACAGAGAUUUCCUUAAUCACCGAUCUGUCCCUGCGUGGGCGGGAUGGCUCGGCAGUGGAAUCUGUCACAUUCAUUAAUUCCCUGGAUGGUGAACUUCACAGUUGGCGCCAGAGUCACUGCUUUCAACACCCUGCUUAGAUAUCAACCGUUGGUGUGAAAUUUUGUGCAUUUCUGUUAAUUUUUUCCAAACAUAUUUUUUUGAGUGUACAAUGUAAUAAGUGAGACUACAGCACUGCUAUAGCAGGUGAAGUCGACCAAAUAGUGUGAAAAUGACCGUAGCCUUAUGUGUGCUGUUGUUUAGCUAUGAAGAUGCUGAUUGUGAAAAAUUUAAUAAGAGGGGUUGGAUUGGCAGCUUGUUUAUAGUGUGUGCUUUAAAGGGCAACUCCAUCAUUUUUAAGGUUUUGGGGAGUAAUACUGCACGUGUGAACAAAGAAAAGAAAAAAGCAGUAUAAAGCCUUUUGUGGCUCCAAUGUAAGAUGUAAUCUGAUCAGGGAUGUUGAUGAUUAAUUGAUGAAUCGCCUCAAAGAAUUUAACUGAUACAAAAUGUUUUAACUGACAAUCAGAGGUGGGCUAAUGACAUGUACUCGCUUGUCAAAUAUAACAAAACACAUUAGAAUGAGAUAAGAAUGUUUUUAAAAGAAGUCAUUUGUAGUUUAAAAAAAAACGCUAAAAGACAUUCUAUACAAUCUCUUAUCUGUUAACUUAUUUUUAAACUCCUAAUGUAGCGUACUCUGACUUUGCAUCAAACAUGGUUAUGUCAGUGGUUAAAACUCUUUUACAGUAAACAUCCAGCAUAUUUCACACAUUUAAUAGUUAAGGGGUAAUCAAUCAUUAAGGCAGCAACAUUUGCUCCCCAUGAUCUGAUUAUUUACCUCUCAGUCAGUAGGUAAGUUGCAUUGUGGGUAUUGUAGGUGCCAGUUUUGAACAGCUAUCCACUGGUCCAGCAUUGCUGUCCUAUAGCACUGUUGGACUCAUUAUGCUCAGUUUCAAAAAAAAAAAAAAUUUAAAAAAUGAUUCCAUGCAUACCUCUUCCUUUUUGAAACCUAGCGCCUACAUUAACCACAAUGCAACUUAAAGCCACUGAGUGCCAUCUCUGCAAGAAUCAGAUGUAUCAGAUUACAUGCUGCUUCCUCUUGAGCCACUAAAGUCUUUAUACUACUUUUUUUUCCCCACAUAUGCAGGCGUACUCCCCCAUUAAUGUGUGCAAUUGGUGGACAUACCCUUUAAUGUAGGAACUGAAACCAUAACAAUGAUAUUUGCAAGAAAAUGUCAAAAGACAAUGUGGCUGAGCCGAAACAGAAAAAUGAGAGCUGCUUUGUCCUCAGCCCUUGGCACUUUGUGUAAAUAGAAUAAAACUUAAUUAAUUGGGUAAUAUAAAAUAUUACAGUCACCUGGGAGACAUAAUCCCAUAUGUCAUGAUGAGCUGAGCAGAAGGGCCAAGUGUCUGUUCUCCUCCUUGCCGUUUGUCAUCAGUUAAUGUCAGCAUCAUGAAUCAGGCUCUGCAUUUGUGUCACAAGUGCCAUUUUUCUCUCCAUCCACUCAAUGAUUUGGACAGCCUGAAAUAUCACACACACUUGAUGCCAACCAGAGGUGUAUAUAUAAAUACCCCACCCUCAGGAUUUAUAUCAGUGAUGCUACAGAGGCUAGCUGAAAUUAAUUUGUGUGCGCUGCUGAUGGGGAGACCAGAAGGGAAGAGCAGCCAUGCUUUUAAUGUGAUUGUCCACUGUGAGUCAUCUUCUCAGUGUUGCCAUGCCCGGCCAAAGGAAAUAAAUGGCUUGGUCAGAGUGUGGUGAUAACACAA